GUAUAAAACUGGAUGUCGCUCGCGUCUUAGAAAGCAAUCAUGAUCCGAAUUCAAGAAUUUGAGGGGAUGCAAUACUCCCGCGAUGGCACUCCAGCUGAGAUACAGGACUACACCUACUUCAACCAGCAGUAUGCGACCUCGACUCACGAGGAGGAUCACAACAUGCAUCCAAAUCUCAUCGUUCAACCUAGACGAGAUGAAGACGUCGUUAAGGCUGUGAUCUGGGCUAGAGAUAACAAAAUUGCUAUCGCUAUCAAGAGCGGCGGUCACCAGUACAGCGGCGCGUCGUCUACCGGUGGCAGCAACAUUCAGAUCGAUCUUAGCAACACGUACAAGGACCUGAUGGUUAUAAAUCCCCGCGGCCCCAUUGACCAAGAUAGAGCACUGGUGUACGUCGGCGUCAGCAAUCAACUCAAGGACUUCAACGCAUAUCUCAAGCACAACCAAUUGUUCGUCCCGCACGGAGAUUGUGCUUACGUAUGUAUAGGUGGACAUGGCCAAACUGGUGGUUAUGGCCAACUCGGCCGUGGCUUUGGCCUUUUAGGCGAUCACAUCAGAAUCAUUCGCAUGGUCUGCCAUGACGGUGUGAUUCGAGACAUCUCUAAAGAGAACGAUGCCGAGCUUUUCUACGCCAUACUCGGAGGCAGUCCAGGUAAUUUUGGCGUCAUCUCACACUAUACCGUCGAGGUGUUUCAGGCCAAGAGCUACAUGGGGACUUUCACCGGCCCGAACGGAUUCAAGGGGCCGCAUGGCAUCAAAGGACUCUGGAUCUACUCCCCCAAAAUCCUCAAAAACCUUCUUACCGCCGUCGCAGAAAUGGCCGACAACGAAAAUGUCCCGCAAGGCUUUGACCUCACUGUUAACGUCCUCAGCACCGAGUUUCCAAUCGCGAUGCUAUUCCCCACACUGAAUAAUGGUGGUCUUUGGGAACACAUCCAAAACAAGAUCAAGAACACGCUUGCAGAUGAAUUCCUCGAGUGGCUCAAUGGUCGCUUCCCUGCCGUCAUCGUGGUCUACGCCCAAUGGUGCCCGACUAGCAAAGACGACAAGUAUGACGAGAGUGUUGAUCAAUGGUUCAACAAGUUCCGGGCCCUCAAGGGUUUCUUCGAAAAUGAGACUCUCGUCAUCGACGAAUUCGAAGAGGACAUGUCCCAGAUGACUGGAAGAUGGAUCAUCCCCAAGCGGCGAGAGUUUGAUCUACCUUACGUCAAGCGCACCCACUGUACCAACUCGAAGACUCUAGAAAAAGACGGCUGGGUCGACUCUCUGAUUGAUCGCAUCGACUUGAUCUAUAACCCGCACCAGUUGCUCGAUAACAACCCACGGGACAAGGAGUACGAGGUCUACACCCAUUGCAAGCUUGUAAUGCAGGCCCAAUGCUUUGGAGGCGCCAAUUCGCGUUUCUAUUUAAACAAGGAUAACGGCACAUCCUACAGCUGGAGGGACACGUCGGUCGUCCUGACACUAGACUGUUUUCAUGAAGUGGGUGACAAGUAUAGGGAGUAUGCCGAAAAGUGGCAGGCUAAAAAUGACGCUAUUAUGGCUGGUCCCUCUAGCCCGUUUAGUAAGCAGGACAGACGUCUGCUCUGGGGCUCUUAUGGUAACUGGGACUUGGGGGAGCAGGAGGUUUGGAAAUGUUAUUAUGAGGAUGAGGACAAGUACCAUAGACUGGGUAGGGCAAGGGCUAAGGCUGAUCCUAGCGGUGUUUUCACUGCAAACCCUUUUGCUGUUUCGGCUAUUGUACAAGGACACUUGUAA